GCAACAUUCGUCGCCAUCCUGAUUUUUCAAAGCUCUAACCUUUUCUCUUCCUUGUUCCACUGUAAUCUCUUGCAAGAGAUGACUUUCACAGCAAUUAGGAGAAACCAUGGAACUCUUCAAGCUGUGGUCGGAUCCGAUCUCAACGAGCUCGCUACCGCUGCUAAGAAUCUCGUUAAUCACACCUUCAUGCUCACUGGUUUAGGCUUUGGUACUUCUAUCCUCGAAUGGAUUGCUUCAAUCGCCGCCAUAUACUUGUUGGUCUUGGAUCGAACUAAUUGGAAAACGAAUAUGCUCACAUCACUUUUGAUUCCUUACAUUUUCUUCAGUCUUCCUUCUGUGAUCUUUGGCCUUUUCAGAGGGGAUGUUGGCAAAUGGAUCGCGUUUGUAGCUGUUGUUGUACAACUCUUCUUCCCUAAACACUUCCGAGAAUGGUUUGAAUUACCGGCUGCUCUGAUUCUACUCAUCGUGGUGGCUCCAGGACUAAUCGCCGGCACUUUCAGAGACAACUGGGUUGGUUUAGUCAUAUGCUUAUUGAUCGGAUGUUACUUGCUUCAAGAACAUAUUAGAGCUUCAGGUGGAUUUAGAAACGCAUUCACAAAAGCUCAUGGCAUUUCCAACACACUUGGGAUCAUUGCUCUCGUCGUCUUUCCCGUUUGGGCUCUUGCGUUUUAAGAUAACUCUCUGUUUUAUUUCCCAUUUGUUUUUAUGUAAUAGUGAUGAUUUGUAUGAUUCUGUCUCUCAUAAAUUGUCAACCAAUGUGGUUUCUAAAGUAAUCAAAACACAUAAACGUAUAAAA